AUGCCUCUCUGCACGCUACACUUACUCGCGCUCCACACCACACCAAAUUCCGUCUUAACAUUUCUUUCCACGCUCAAAGCAACCGAUGUCUCGCCUCUAGUCGUAUCCCGUGUCGUCCGCUGGAUCAUUCUCCCAACUAAGCUCUCAACCGAACACCUUCUCGCUCGAAACAUCCACUGGGACCUCCUCCUCGUUUUGCCCUCCACAGACGUUCUGCCAUCAAAUCUCACCAACCUUAUCGAGCAUCACUGGAGCGUAACAGCCGGUGUACCCUCGCGCUUAGUAAACAACUUCGCCUCAAAGAACACCAAACUUCUACACCCAGAUCCCCAGACUGUACCCAUGCUUCAGCAAGAUGUUAACGAGAAAACGACGCAAUCGAGCCAAAGUUUGGAACUGAGCGACGAAUUGAAUAUGUGGAUUCAAUCCUUUGUAAACAGCGAUUCCAAAGAAGCCAAAGGUGCAGUCUCAAUGUUCAAUCUGCUUGCUUUCAACCCUGGCAUGAAAGAGGAAUAUCUCAAGUACGGCUCUGCGUUUGCACGUUCCAUUGGUUCCAGGCAUGGCGGAGACGCAAAGAUAGUCGGAAAUGUCACACAUGUCAAUGGCGAACCCAUCAACAGAAUAUCCGCAGGCAGCAACAAUGAUUGGGAUGAGAUUGCACUAGCGCAUUACCCCAGUAUACUGCAUUUCAGAGACAUGCUGGUUAGUGAGGAUUAUCAAGUGGUCAACAAGAGACAUCGUGUGCCCAGUCUGAAAGAUACGUGUAUCUUGAUGACGAGUGAGAUUGCGGUGGAACGGACGUUGGAGGAGGGCGUGGGAAAGGCACGGUUGUAG